AUGGCUAUUACACCCCUUCCUCAAUUAAUUACGGUUCGCUGCUCUAAAAACACUUCGAUUAACAGUUUAGGAGAAAUCAAUACAACAAAUCGAAGAUUAGGGUUGCAAUUGACGGUUCGAGUAGAAGUCGACUGUAACAUGGCAUCCCAACCAUCUACAGGUAAAAAAACUGUCCGUGAGGUGGAUUUUGGUGGAUUUACAUAUAAAGAAUUUCUUUUGUGGCUCACAAAAUUAACCGAAAUAGACUGUGAUAAUGUCUACUACUUUAUUUAUAAUCUUAGGAGUGUGUUGGAUGUGUACAUUGAUCACCAAAAUGAACCAAUUCUUGAGUGGCCUGAUAAUGAAGUGUUAGAAGAUGAUAUAAGUGAUGAUAAUGAGUAUGACUUGGAUAAAGAAUAUGAUAAGGACUUAGAAAUUUCUGAUACUACGAAAUAUGAACAUGUAUGUGAUGAAGAGGUUUAUACUUUUAACAAAACUAUUGGUGACAAAUUUUUGAACAAGCUUCCAGGUGAUAUAAAUGAUGAUGAUGAUGCCAACAAUGGAAAAGGUAUAGAGGCUGGGUUCCCUAUCGAUGAGGAGAACCAAGAGUAG